GUGACUCCUGAAUUUGACAGAUCAGGGUGAAAGGGAAUCCAUUGAGCAUGUUUGAAUGGUGCGCACACCUCUCCAGCUUGUGCUCAGGCAGUUGCUUGUCCACGUCAUCAUCACCAUGUGAUACAUGCUAAGAGCCUCAGGAUCUCGCCAUUCUGGGCUGGACGGAAAGACACAAGCAGCCUGCUGAGAUCAUGGCGUCUUCAGUGUGUUCUGUCCCCUUGUUUGGCAGCUUGAGCAGUAGCCUCCUAUCCUGCCAUGGCUUCCGGAAAGCGGACGGAUCGUGGCAGCCAUGGCCUUCAGCGGGAAGACCGAGGUCACGACGAUCAGACAUCACAAAUAAAGCAUCAGGAUCAGCUCGAGAAUAUCCUGCAGUUUUCUCUUCUCUCCCCUGCAGUCAUCACAUUGAAUGCUCCAAGCAACCUUUGGGAAACCGAGCUCCCUCCUGCAAUGCCAUCAGCGCCACAAGUCUUGAUCGCCGAUGGCAGGGCCGUCUCCGUCCUGCAAGCGCGCUUCCGCCAGCUGCAGAGAAAGGUUUCUCAGAUGGGGGGAAGUUGAACGUGCCAGAGGAGCCCCCCCAAUGGAAAGGGGCGAUGGCGGUGUCGGAAGCGCUGCCUCCGGAGGGAGCAACCCUGCUGCUGUCCUGCGUUGUGGGGCUGGCCACCGGUGUGAUCGUCGUUGGGUUCAACAAAGGGGUCCACGGCCUCCACGACCUCAUGUGGGAAGGCACCCCCGAGAUCGGCGCCGCAUGGCUCCGCCAGCAGCCCCUCGAAACCACGUGGCAGCGCCUCGUCUUCGUCCCCGUCGGGGGGGGCAUCGUCGUCGGCCUGCUCAACCACCUCCGCACGGUCCUCGCUGACGUCAGCGCGGGUGGCGGGGUAGGGGGUUCCGAAAUAUGGCAGCGCCUCGGGGGGGUCGCCACCCCGGCGCUGAAAGCGGUGGCGGCGGUAGUGACUCUAGGGACGGGGAAUUCGUUGGGGCCUGAGGGACCGAGCGUGGAGAUCGGGGCGAGCGUGGCGAACGGGUUGGGGACGGUGCUGAAGAACAGCAGGGAGAGGAAGCUGGCGCUUGUGGCGGCGGGGUCGGCGGCCGGUAUCUCCUCGGGUUUCAACGCUGCAGUAGCGGGCACUUUCUUCGCCGUCGAAUCCGUUCUCCGCCCAGUGACUACGUCCCCGGACCCCUCCCCCAGCCUAACCACCGCUAUGGUGCUCCUCAGUUCCGUUCUCGCUUCUGUCGUUUCCCAAGCGGGCCUCGGACAGGACCCGACUUUUAUCGUGCCGCCCUUUGAACUUCGAUCAGCUGCGGAGCUCCCGCUGUACCUUCUCCUGGGCCUCCUCUGCGGCGCCGUCUCCGUCGCCUACACCCGCAGCUCCGCGCUCGCCACCCAAGGUUUCGAUCUAGUUAGCAAAAAGUACAAUAUCCCCCCGGCGUUUCUCCCCCCGGUCGGGGCCCUCUGCGUCGGUCUCAUAGCGCUCGCGUACCCGGAGGUUCUCUACUGGGGGUUCGAGAACCUGGACGUUGUGCUGCAGUCGAGACAACCGUUGGGGAACCCGCUCGCGCCAACGACAGGCCUCCUCCUUCAGCUAGUCGGAGUGAAGCUGGUCGCCACGGCCCUCUGCCGCGGCUCUGGCCUUGUGGGCGGCGUCUACGCACCAUCGCUUUUCAUGGGCGCCGCGCUCGGGAGCGCGUACGCGAAGCUCGCGGGCGCUUUUUUCGCGGCGGCCGACCCGCGGUUCAGCUUCGGGGAAUUCUCACUGGCCGAGCCGCAGGCGUACGCGCUGGUGGGAAUGGCCGCGAUGCUCGCGGGCGUGUGUCAAGUGCCGCUGACUGCAGUCCUACUCUUGUUCGAGUUGACACAAGAUUACCAGAUCAUAUUGCCGCUGAUGGGCGCCGUCGGGUUGAGUUCGUGGGUGUCUUCGCUCGCGAGCAAAAGUGCGGAGGAAGAGAAAAGGCGGCGGAAACGGCAGGCGGAGGCGGAACGGCGCGAGCAGGCGGUUCAGAGGUUACAGAACGGGUUGAGUAAUGCUGUGGGCUCAAACGGGGCUGCCGUUACGGCCGGUGUCCUCGCAAACCCGACUCUUAACCCUCUGCCUAACCUGCAAACCGCUAGCGUAGGCUUAGAAGCAACAGCCGCUGUACAGACAGUCGAACCCGGUUUGCUAAACUACGCCCCGACCGAAAUCCGGUUAAGCAAACCCAGUUUGCUCGGAGAAAGUAUGACCCUUGUAGAAAACGCGUCGGAUUGGUUAGCAGCCAGCAGCAAGGGCCCGGUUUUAUAUACGAACGGUGCGCCGGUGUUUUUGCGGGAGGAGAAGAGUAUACCGAUGGAUGGGUUUGAGGACGACGAGGGGGAGCUGUGUUCGCUCGAGACGUCGCUGUGCGUUGCGGGACCCGAGGUGAUGAGCGAGGAGGAGCUCAUGUCCGAAAUGACGGUCGCGACUGCCAUGUCGCAAACGUUUAUGACGGUCCCAAACACCGCGACGGUGCGUGAGACCGUCGCGGCGAUGCUGGCGUCUCGCCAGUGGUGCGCGCUCGUCGUGGGGGAAGGGGGAGUGCUCGAGGGGAUCCUGACGUUGGCUGACGUCCAGGCGGAGGCGAAAAAGACGGCGGCCGCCGCGGGGGGGCGCGCGCAAGCGCAGGCGUUGGUUGACACACGGUUAGUGACCGAGGUUUGCAGUAACUGGAAACGGCGGCACGGGCUGCUGACCGUGACCCCCGAGACGACGCUCGAGGCCGCGCAGCGCGCCAUGCUGCCACGUGGCCUCAGGCAGCUGCCGGUUAUCGCGGACAACGUGAGCCGGCGACUGCUCGGGUUGCUCGACCGGGACAACAUCUCGUUAGCCUGCAGGGCCGAGGCGACUCGCCGAUCGUGGGCACUGCUUCCGGAUCUGGCGGAACGGGAAUAAGUGGCCUCGUUAUCACCAACACCGCAUCUAUAAGCCUGCGUAGCAUUACUUGUCACUGAGAAAAUUGCACAAAAGUCUGUAUAAUUGAACAGACUUCGAAACAUGCGGGUUGCUGCCAAAAUACCCUCCAAAUCAACAGCAAUUGACUAGUCCUGUUGCUCCUCGACAAUAUCACAUAGAACUGGCGGCGUUUCACGGACUAUGAGCCGAGCAAGUGAAAUAUACUCCUGCGCCGCAAACAACCUGCUGACCGGUCUGGUACAC